CAAAAACACAAGAUGAUCAAGUUUUUAACUGCAAUUUUGAAGAUAUGAUUGAAGAAAUGGAAAUAUUGUUCGAGAAAAAAUUACCGACCGAUGCAAGUUUGAACGAAAACCCAUUUGUUGUGAGAGAUUUUUUUGUCGCAACGGCCGACUGUAAUAUUUACGCAAUUGAUUGCGUUAAUAACAAAUGUACUCCACUGUUUCAUGUUGCCGAUGAUUACGUAGCUGCUAUAUGCGCUCAUGAUGAAUUGAAUUAUAUUGUUAUUGCUUAUGCAAACGGUCGAAUUACGUUAAUAGAUUACGAGAAGCAUGAACCUGUACGUUCCACGAUACUUCCUGUAUCGGAAGAUGAAGAUGGUGGUAAAGUUUCAAUUUCCUGCAUCAAGUACAGUAUUGAAUCAUUUCACCUAGUCUGCGGCAGAACAAAUGGUGAAAUUUGGAUUUUGGAGCCGGUCCUACUAACUCCAAAAAUAUCAGAACCCUUUCAGAUCACAAAAAACAAGGUGGUGAAGAUUGAAUUUUCGCACAUUCCAAUACAAUUUGCCUACUAUGAUGAUAAUAAAACGGUAGUAAUUUUUUCAUAUAAUUCUGCAACAAGCGUUUGGGUAUGUCUAGGAAAGCUUAGAUCCCAUUACGAUGACAUUACUGAUAUCAUGUUCGUACCAGGGAAUCCGUAUUCAAAGCUGUACACUAUUUCCAAGGAUCGCCAUCUCGUUGAAUAUAAUAGCAGCAAAAUUCAGAUUGAAGAAUUCUCUAUUAUCUCACGAGAAAGGAUAGAGCAGUCAGCGAUACCUAUGAGUUUUAUAUACUGGGUAACAUCUGUACAAAAUAAACAGUUAGGAUACAUUCUGGUAUCGGACAACAAGCACAAAUUGAAAUAUUUAUAUCAAUCGUCGAAGGUACCUAAAUCAUUGGUGCAGGCACCAGCAUUCGGCUGCUUCAAAAGACAACUCAUUCACAAGAUGAUGAUAAUUCCCCACUGUGAGUCCAGAUAUAUGGCAUUCUCAACUAAUAAGCACUUUGGUUUGCACAUCUUACCUCCUGAUGGAAACCCCUACAAGUAUGUUGGCUUUUUGGCACACCCAACUGGA